ACAAGUCUUUCUUUCUCUUUUACAUCGUGACAAGCGAGUGAACUGCUAAGAUAUCGCAAUCUUCGUGACCAGUACAGGAUGAGCUUUCGUUAGACACCACGGAAGAUAGGGUUCCGUUAUAUGUGAUGACACCCAUAGGGUCAGCGUGCAAUGAUGCUAAUUCGGCUUUGUGUAGUGGCUUAUUCCCGAAGUACGCCGAAGGACUGUGGCAUGUGACGUCACCGGAUUGAGCAGGAAGACAGGCAGGAGAGAAAAUGGCGAGAGUUGUUGCUGUGAGGAAGCUCUGUGAUCGGGGAUUGUAAUUUACGUGCUCAAAGACUUGUGUUUACAGUGUUAAAUGUAGUUUCUUCAGCAGUGUGGAUUGUAACGUGGUAGAUAUCAACAUGACUGCAAAUAUGUACAGAGUCGGAGAUUACGUGUACUUCGAAACUUCUUCCCAGUCCCCUUACCAGAUUAGGAGGAUAGAGGAACUAAAUAAGACCCCAAGUGGCAACGUGGAAGCUAAAGUCAUGUGUUUCUUCAGGCGGCGAGAUUUGCCGAGUACGCUUAUUAUGUUAGCUGACAAACACCAAAUGGCCUCGUCCGAGGAGUCUUCUGUAGCCACGAAACUGAAGAAAAUGUGGUUGAAAGCGCCGUCGGCCGAAGAUGCCGACACGACUGUAGGUGCCUUAGAGGAAGAGGGGGAGGCCCGGGAGAAGGAACAGCAACUGAAUGGGAAGCAGCGGCACCAGUUGAAGCAUAGAGAACUGUUCCUGUCGAGGCAAGUGGAGACACUCCCGGCGACGCACAUCCGCGGCAAGUGCUCCGUCACUCUUCUCAACGAGACCGAAUCCUUCCUUAGCUAUCUUAACAAAGAUGAUUCGUUUUUUUACUGCCUGGUUUUCGACCCCACACACAAAACUCUCCUUGCGGAUAAAGGAGAAAUUCGAGUAGGAAGUAGAUACCAGGCUGACCCUACAGCUCUUCUCAAAGAAGAUGAACCGGAUUGUAGAAACCUUGAAGAAUUGGAAACGUUAGUGUGGACGCCAACACAUAGCCUCACGGACAGACAAAUAGACCAAUUUUUAGUUAUUUCGAGGUCUGUGGGAACGUUUGCUCGUGCGCUGGAUUGUUCUAGUUCUGUUAAACAGCCCAGUUUACAUAUGAGUGCUGCAGCUGCAUCACGUGACGUCACAUUGUUCCAUGCCAUGGACACACUACACAGACAUUCGUACAACUUGACGGAAGCAGUCAGUUCUUUGGUGCCCUCCACUGGUCCCGUCCUCUGCCGUGACGAAAUGGAGGAGUGGUCAGCGUCGGAAGCUAACCUCUUCGAAGAAGCUCUUGAUAAGUACGGCAAAGAUUUCAAUGACAUCCGGCAAGAUUUCUUGCCAUGGAAAACAUUGAAGAAUAUUAUAGAAUACUAUUAUAUGUGGAAAACAACUGACAGAUACGUUCAGCAGAAGCGAGUUAAAGCAGUAGAGGCAGAGUCAAAACUGAAGCAAGUGUACAUUCCUAACUAUAAUAAACCAAAUCCAGCUGUUGUUAACAACAACAAGGGUGUUGUAAAUGGAAGCAGUAAUGGGGACACCCCAAUUAUUGGUAAACCUUGUGAUUCUUGUGGAGUGACUGUUUCCAACCAGUGGUAUGCGUGGGGUCCUGCUAAUAUGCACUAUAAGGUGUGUCAAAACUGUUGGCUCUACUGGAAAAAAUAUGGAGGACUCAAACAACCCACAAAAAUAGGAGAGAAUGAUAUAGACAUAAAGAAGAAGUCUGGAAGUAUUUCAGAUGAAGAACGAAUCCCAUCCAGUAUGACAUCACAUCGACCCCAUAGGUGUAACCUAGCCAGCUGUGGGAAGGAGUUCAAGCUGAAGGCCCACCUGGCCCGGCACUACGCCUCCGCCCAUGGCCUGGCGGUGCGGUCUGGCUCCCCGCGGCCCGUCAUGAAAACCCGCACUGCAUUCUACCUGUGCACCACGCCUAUCACCCGGAUAUCCCGCCGCCUCUGCAGGCAUCUCAUCCAGCCGCGCCACGCGGCCAGGGCACCCUUCUGGCCCAUCAACAUUGUGUCUGUCAAACAGGAGUGCCAGCUGCACAUGGCGGGCAAGUCGAUGCCGGAGCUGCGGGACCUCCUGCGGUACAGGAAGCGGGAGCGGGGGAGCGUGACCCACAUCGCCAACCGGCUGGGCCAUGCCAACCACGUCACCCCGGAGUGGCUGGUCCUCACAGAGAAGGACUUGCUGCCCAAGCCGGAGCAUGUGUCCUUCCCCAAGCCGCCCAAAGCACCGGAUGGUACACUUCUGUACGAGCGAGUACCAAACAAACCAGAGGCGGAAAAAGUUCCACUUAACAAUAUCUCCUCAUCUCUUCUGAAGCGACGUGCUUUUGAAGAUGUCAAUGGAAUGGAUGGUCUGCUUGUGCCCCAGCCAGGCCCACCUGCAAAACGUGCUCACAAAGAGCCUGUGCCUAUCUCUCCAAUGAUGGGCAGACCAAUCAUCAACCACCUCAACGGAAAGACGAAAAUCGCCACGAUGACUCGUUCGGGGAGUGGUAGGAAACAAGUCAUAUCUUGGAUGGAUGCUCCUGAUGACGUGUACUUCCGAUCCACUGAUGGAACCAAGAAAAUGAGGAGACAGCUGUCUGGACUGGAAUUGCGAAGAGCAGCAAGGAAGCCCUGGAGAAAGUUGAACGUCAAAGGCAUUGACGAUUUUGUGGUUAUUCUAGAAUGACAAAAUGCCUCCAGCGUUUUGACUCCAUAAGCUUCUUUUGAAGGCAAACUAGGUUGUCAGGUUGUGCGCGUGGUAGCUGCAUGAACAUGACUGCAGGAAGUCAAACAAGACACAGACUUGUGUUGGUGGCAAUAACCUUUUAUACAAAGUUUUAAAUGAAAUAAAACGAUAAUUGUUGAUGUGCACAAACAACUUUUUGAAGAGAAGUGAAGAUAUUUUAAACUGGAGGUAGAUGGUAUUUUGUGCACUUCUCAGUGGUGUGUUCUGUCCAAGAGUAGCAAAGCAAAGUAUCCGCUAAAAACAGGUGUGUGUAUGGAACUUUUGUAAAGGGAAGUGAAGUGUUUCGUGGAUGGUUCUCACUAUAAAGUAUUUUCCAAAAAUAUAUAUAUAUUAAAAGUUUUUUCUUGUUAACCAUUCCUUCUUUUUCUCAAGUGUUGAAACAUCGAGGUGUGUGUGUGUGCGCGCCAGCUGUGGAAAAUCUGAGGAAAACAGUAUUUGAAGGGGUGGAAAAUUGAUUAUAAUUACAAGACUUGUUAUCUCAUUGCUCAUAAAGUUUUUAAUUUACAGCACAAAACAUUCAUACGUAAUAAUUCUUCCGAAACUUGUGGUGCUUCGAAAAUAGGUGCCCGUUGUUUUUUUUUUUUUCUUUUGGCAAGUGUUGGGCACGGUCGUCCACUCUGCCAGUAGCCAUUAGCCAAAGUGUUGCAUCUGAUGGACACAAGUUUCCAAGGACGUAACCUGCGUUGUACAAAGAAAUAAAUUUUACGAGGACAGCUCAGCUGUUGGCUGGGUUGUGAGCUUUUGAUGUGGAUAGAGGUUCUUUGAACAGUCGAGGUGUGUGGGACUCCAGUUCCAUGAGAUUGUUUUUUUUUAUAAAAUGUGUGUUCAUAUGUACAUCAUGUAUGUUAUUUAAAAAAACAUUUGAAAAAAAAAUUCUCUCCCCAAAGCAUUCACUGUCACAGCUUGUUUGGAGCAAAACUGUUUUAUGUACAGUCUUGUGUGCGUGCACUAAGUUGCACAACUCGAUACGUAAGGCACAUUAAAUAUUGCUUGUUGUAGUGUUCUAGCAUGUUUCAACUUUGUUUAUGAAAAUAUGACUGAACGUAUUUGUUUUACACUUAUUAAUUUUUAAUAUACAUUAACUGAACUAUUUGCAAAGUGUAAGUAUUCCAUUUUGUCGUAUUUUCCAUUCACUUUUUCAAUAAUUGAUACAAAUCACACAUUAUUGUGUGAUUUUUAAGAUUUGUGGUUGGUCAGAAUACCAUUGUUUUAUUUUUUGGUAAUGUCAUCCCAUUUUCUGAUUUGUUCAUUUUUGUAGCCAAACAGUAAAUAAUGCACAAACUUCAUACUUACAAUGUUGAGAGCCAGAGAGAAAAAUGUGUGUAUGUGUGUGUGUGUGCACGCAUUUGAUUGGUAUCUUGCAGUACUGUGUACUUACUACGCUGGUCAAUAUUAUCUACAAGAAUGCAUUGAGGAUUAUCCUACUCAUAGUUAAGUUUGGCAGUGUAUUAAUACACUUUUUUCCCUUGUGUUUUGUGUGUAUCAUCUGGAAUUGAAAUGGCUAUGUUCUAUGCUGAUUAAAAAUUUCAUGAACUUUGAAUAAA